CACUUUUCUGUCAUCAAAUAUCACCAUCCCAUACCAAUCAAAACUGCUGGGAAAAAAAAGCUCACCAUGUAAUAAUAUCAAAAAGAGUAAAGCAACAGCUUAAUUAAAAUCCUUGCGUGUCCGAAACCAAUUGAGUAUUAUAUUUCUGUUCCUUCACAUUUCUUUAUCAUUAGAAAUUAAAAAAAAAUAAAAAAAAAGAAAAGAAAAAAGAAAGUAGUUGUUAAGUAGCAGUGAAGAGAGAGAGAGUGAGUGAGAAAAAACAGGGGAAGAAAGAAGAAAAGAGAAAAGAUUAAGGAUUGAUUCAUAUGAAGAGUGAGUAUAACAGUUACAGGAGGAAGAGAAAUAUUGAUCAACCUGGGAAAGCACGGAGAGUUGUUGUUGGAAGGAAUCUUGGAUUGCAUCCAUGAAAUCACAACGGCACUGGCCUUCGCUGACAGGAUGAGCGAUUCUGCUUACAAGGUCGACACCACCUCCCGCCUUGCUCAAUGGCGAAUCGACAACUUGGCCUCUUGCACUUACCGCAAAUCCGAUCCUUUCAAGAUCGGAAAAUGGAACUGGAAAAAGUUAGUUUUAUGGAAAUGAAGGCAUUUGUCUGUGGAGAAGAACAGGGUUUUGUUUGUUAAAUUGUAUCCAGAAAUUUCGAAUCUAACACGAGAUAACCCCCCGAUUGCGUCCUUCAUCAUUAGGGUGGUUAGUUCUGUUGGAGAUCGCAAGUCCCUCACUCAUCCAGAGAUAAGAGAUAAGCUGAUAAAGAGCAACGAGGACUUUGUUUGGGCAAUUGAGGUUCCACUAACUGGGAAAUUCAUUAUCGACGUUGAGUUCCUUGAUUUGAAGACUGCAUCCCCAAACGGUGAGGAACCUUGUUCUAUUUGGGCUGCCGGUUUUACUCAGCAAAGAUCAAAUGCGACGGCGCUUGAGACUCUGGGUAAAAUGCUAACAGAAGGGAUUCACACAGACAUAACCAUCAAUGCUUCGGACGGAAGCAUAGGAGCUCACAGGGCAGUUCUGGCUGCCCGGUCGCCUGUGUUUCGCAGCAUGUUUUCGCACGAUCUCAAGGAGAAAGAGCUGUCAACUGUCAACAUCCAAGACAUGUCGAUUGAAGCUUGCCAGGCACUUCUAAAUUAUCUCUAUGGGAUCAUUAAGAACGACGAGUUCUUGAUGCAUAGAUUAGCCCUUCUACAUGCUGCUGAUAAAUAUGACAUAUCUGACUUGAGAGAGGCAUGUCAUGAGAGUCUUCUAGAAGACAUUGACACGAAAAAUGUCCUCGAGAGGCUCCAGAAUGCGUCGCUGUAUCGGCUGAUGAAACUGAAGAUGAGCUGUAUUAGAUAUCUUGUGAAAUUUGGUAAGGUAUUCGAAAUUCGCGAUGAUUUCAAUUGCUUCAUGCAAAAUGCAGAUAGGGAUUUGAUUGCUGAAGUCUUCCAUGAAGUUCUUGAUGCAUGGAAAGGAUUCUGAAGAAAUGAUCCUUCCAUUUUUCAAAGGACAUGAAGACUUGAUUGUUAUUUAACAUAUGCACAAAAGUAGAUUGUUUGAAUUUGUUCCGCAAGAUUUGAAUUGAUUAAUAUAAUUCUUUAGCUCAGAGGAUGAUUUUUUUUCCCUUUUCUUGUAAAUAUAUCUUGUUCUUCAUAGAUAAACUAUGAGAAAAAAUUGUACAUUGUAUAAAAAGUACAUACCUUCAUGAA